CCGCCAUGGCUCCCGCCGCCGCCCGGCGGGCCCGGCGCCGACCCCGGGGCGCGCUGCGGGCCGCGGCGCGGAGCCGCUCGGCCGAGGACUGGUGGUGGGACCGGCUGGCGCCCAGCGGCUCCGGGUUCCACCUGAUGCAGGCGGACAGCGUGCUGCUCGUCCUGCCGGGGCUCGGGCCCUCGCGAGCGCCCCGGCGCGCCGCGCGCCGCGCCUCCCGGCCGCCGCCGCCCCGGCCGCCCGCGCCCGCCCGGCCCCGGCCCCGGCCCCGGCCCCGGCCCCGGCCCGAGCCCGCGUCGCCGCCCGCGCCGGACCAGGCCCCGGACGCGGGCUGGGGAGAUCGCCUUCCCCUGGAAGUCCUGGUGCACAUUUUCGGGCUGCUGGUGGCCGCCGACGGGCCCAUGCCGUUCCUCGGCAGGGCCGCGCGCGUGUGCCGCCUCUGGCACCAAGCCGCCUCCCAGCCCACGCUCUGGCACACCGCCACCCUGUCGCCCCCCCUGGCCGGCCGCGCCUCCAAGAGCAGCGUCAAGGCCGAGCAGAAGCUCCUGGCGUCCCUGGAGUGGCUCAUGCCCAAUCGGUUCUCACAGCUCCAGCGGCUGACGCUCAUCCACUGGAAGUCUCAGGUGCACCCUGUGUUGAAGCUGGUGAGUGAGUGCUGUCCUCGGCUCACCUUCCUGAAGCUUUCAGAUUGCCACAACGUGACUGCCGAUACCCUGGUCAUGCUGGCCAAAGCCUGCCGCGGGCUCCACAGUCUGGACCUCCAGCACUCCAUGGUGGAUUCCACAGCCGUGGUGAGCUUUUUGGAGGAAGUGGGACCCCGAAUGCUCAAGCUGUGGCUGACCUACAGCUCCCAGACAACAGCUAUCUUGGGUGCACUGCUGGGCAGCUGCUGUCCCCACCUCCAAGUCCUGGAGGUGAGCACCGGCAUCAACCGCAACAGUACUCCCCUGCAGCUGCCUGUGGAGGCUCUGCAGAAAGGCUGCCCCCAGCUGCAGGUGCUCCGGCUGCUAAACCUGAUAUGGAUGCCCAAGCCUUUUGGGCGAGGGGUGGCUCCGGGACCAGGCUUCCCCCGCCUAGAGGAGCUCUGCCUUGCUGGAUCCACCUGUACCUUUGUGAGCAACGAAGUCCUGGGCCGCCUGCUCCGUGGCUCUCCCAGUCUACGCCUUCUUGAUCUUCGUGGCUGUGAUCGGAUCACACCUGCAGGCCUGCACGGUCUUCCUUGUCAGGAGCUAGAGCAGCUGCACCUGGGCCUGUAUGGCAUGUCCGACCGGCUGACGCUAGCCAAGGAGGGCAGCCCUCUGUUGACCCAGAAAUGGCACCACAGUCUCCGAGAACUGGACUUGAGUGGUCAGGGUUUCCAUGAGAAGGACCUGGAUCAGGCGCUAGCUGCUUUCUCUGGCGCCUCUGUCCCCCCGGCCUUGCGUUGCCUCAACCUCAGAGGCACCCGUGUCACACCCAGCACGGUCAGCUCUGUGAUCAGCAGCUGCCCUGGCCUACUGUAUCUCAACCUGGAGUCCUGCCGAUGCCUGCCCAGGGGCCUGAAGCGUGUCUACCGGGGCCUGGAGGAAGUGCAAUGGUGUCUGGAGCAACUGCUCACAAGCCCCCCGGCCCCUCGCUAGCUUGGCCUAGGCUUCUGAUAGGCCUGCCUCUAUGCUUCCCCUGUUUUAGAUGUUUGAGCAUUUUGUUAAUAAAAUGUUUCUAGGGAU